UGAGCCCAAAGCUGAAAGGGGAUUUACGGCACCGAGCAGGGCUGAGUUUAUUGUUUGUUUUCACUUGUUUCUGUUGACAUGUUUCUGUAGUUCUGCUCGGUUUUGGCCUUCAACGCAAACCGUAAAGAUGGAGGCCAUGGAGGACGACAGCUCGGAGGUUAAAGACGACCACAACCACAACCACCGCAGGAGCAGCGGCGACGGUAAAGCCACCCCGGCGCUUAGCAGCCAGGUACCGGGCGGAAUGGGAGUCUCUCAGCCCGUUUGUUCCGUUGUACCGGGUGGAGAACCGGCGAUGAAACGGGGGGAGCCGUGGUCCCCUUCUCCCUGCGGGUCGAAGUUCAUGGACUCGGAUUCAGGCAGCGAUAGCAGCGAAGUUAGCGAAACGGAAUGCUCUGCUGCUAACAGCGAGGAGAAAUUCAGCCUCGAUUCUACUUCCAAGUUCCUGUUGAAUGCAAUGGCUAUAGAGGACUACAUGAAGAACCACUGGCCCAAUCUGGAGGAGGCGAUAGACCGUCUGCUGAUCCAGAACCUCUCGGAUCACAUUUCUGUAUCCUAUGCUCAGAUCUAUGGUUACGUCUACAAGUGUGUUUGCCAGCAGCACUCAGAGCUGCUCUACGGUGACCUGACGUCAAAGAUAACAGCUCACCUGCAGCAGGUUUCUACGCAGCUACAGGCCAGCCCACCUCAGAGCCUGAUUGAGAACUUCAACGUUGCUCUGACUCAGUACUUAGCCUCUCUUCAGUGCAUCGUUCCAGUGUUUAUAUACUUGAACAAGUUUUAUAUUGAGUCGAAACUGAACCGAGACCUGAAAGAGGAUCUGAUGAAGCUGUUUGCAGACCAUGUUGCAGAAAAACAUCUAAGCAAAUUGAUGCCUCUGCUCAUUAAAGCUCACUCCAUGCCCUUUCAAGUUCAACCAUCCACGAUGGCCAGUGUGGUUAAAGGCCUCUACAGCCUACGUCCAGAGUGGGCCCAGCUCGCUCCGGCCCUCUUCUCCAGCUUCAUACCGCAGAUCCACCCUCCUGCUGUUGAAUCUCGGCUGCCCGAUUACGCAGACCAUGACCGGAAGCUGCAGAUGGAGCUCUGCAUGAACGGUUUCCCACGGGGGGACCAAUCCCGCAAACGUGCCAGUGAAGACUCCUGAUGGC